AUGAAUGGCAAAAUGCGGGUGAAACCUCUUGAAGAACGCUACACGUUGCAUGUUGGAGAAACCACUUACACCAUCGUUAGCGAGGAGGCCGGCCCUAUCAUUCCAGGGGAAAUAUCCGAGGUUGCGAAAGGAAUCACGUGGACGCCAGAAGAAUGGCCCCGCCAAAAGCUGCACGAAUAUAUCCUGAAACUCUUCCCAGACAAGGACACCGAAGAAAACAUUGGGGAGGAUGGCUGCUUCACGUUUCUUGUCGCCGGAGAAAAUCCAGCACAGGCCCGUUCUAGGGCAGAACGCUUUUUCGUUCCCUGCUUGCCUCAUCGUCUACUUAUACUUGACUUCCUGCUCAAAGACGCCAUUGCCAUGCCAGCGGCAGCAAUGGAUGCUUCAUGA